AUGAUCGCCAAAGCUCUCAGCGCCCUCCCCAUCAUCGACAUCUCGCCAUGGCUGUCUGACUCGGAUACAUCCCACCGACUGUCGGUCGCCGCAUCGAUCCACUCGGCUUGUCUAGAGUACGGCUUCUUCUACUUGAACAUCUCCGCGAUCGCGGACCCCAGCGAGCCUGAGGAACUCAGGCGGCUGGCGCAAGAGUUCUUCGACCUGCCGCAAGAAGAGAAGGACAAGCUGAGCAUCGCGCACCAGGAUCACGCGAGAGGCUAUCAACGGCUCAACGAGAACGUGACGAACGGACUAGCGGAUAACCACGAAGCGAUCGACUUCUAUCGCCCCGUCGAGAACCCGGAUAAGGAGCGGCCGCUGUGGGGAGAGAACCAGUGGCCGGACUGGAUACCGGGGUUCAGGGAGAAGUAUGAGGCGUGGACCGCGAAGAUGAAGAGGCUUGGGAUGGCUGUUAUGGAGGCGAUGGCUGUUGGACUUGGAAUGACGCCCGAGGAGUACAAGGAGUUGAGGGAUCAGACGGACGAUUCGUUCUGGGUUAUGCGGAUCAUUGGAUACCCACCUCUGCCAGAAGGCGCAAACGGCUUCUCAUGCGGCGCGCACAAAGACUACGGCUGCCUAACCUUCCUCUGGGCAGACCCAACCAAAAACGCGCUCCAAGUCUUCCUCCCACACGACAAAACGUCCGUCCUCGUCAACACCAACGACAACUCCGACGUGAAAGAGAGCGCGAAGCAAGAGUCGCUCGAAGACGGCGUGUGGAUCUCCGCCGAUCCUAUCCCCGGAUGCGUGGUGUGCAAUAUCGGCGAGAUGUGGGAGAUAUGGACGAAUGGGCUGUAUAAGAGCACGUUGCAUCGUGUCGUGCAUCGCGGGCAGAACUACCGCGUGAGCAUCCCAUUCUUCUACGAACCCAACUUCACCGCGCUCGUCUCUCCCCUCCCCGCCGCAUUGAGGAUCCAAGGCGACAUGGCAGAGAGCGGGGAGCACGGCGAGAAGAUUUACGAUCGGGUGUGGCCGCAGAAGAAGUACGAGCCGACGGUCUAUGGCGACUUUUUGAUGAGGAAGGUCGAUGCGAACUUUGUGCCGAGUCGGGAGCAGAGUCGGGCUGCGAGUAGGGAGCAGAGUAGGGCGGGAAGUAGGGAGGGGUCGGUCGUGAGAGCAGAGGAGGUGAAGCCUUGA